GCCAGGAUGCCCACUAACGGUACAAACUGUCCACUGAAGCUGCAGUUUGGUCUGAUCAACCACGAGAGUCGCUACCUCACCGCAGAGGCCUUUGGCUUCAAGGUGAAUGCUUCGGCCCCCAGUCUGAAGAGGAAGCAGGUGUGGACAUUAGAGCAGGACUCCCAGGACCCCCAGGUGGUUUACCUCCGCAGCCAUCUGGGCCGCUACCUGGCCUCCGACAAGGAUGGCAAGGUCACCUGCGAGGCCGAGGGACGGAACACAGACUGCCGCUUCCUAAUCGCUGCCCAGUCAGACGGCCGCUGGGCACUUCAGUCGGAACCCUACCUGAGGUUAUUCGGAGGUUCCCGGGACUACCUGUCCUGCUUCGCCCAAGUUAUCACAGAGGCAGAGUUAUGGGCGGUGCACCUGGCGCUCCACCCGCAGGCCAACCUGCUCAGUGUCGCCCGCAAGCGCUAUGCCCACCUGUCACCCGACGACAGCGAGAUCGCCGUCGACCGGAACAUUCCAUGGGGCGUGGCGGCGCUCCUGACGCUCGUCUACUUGGAUGGGAAGUACCGGCUCAAGACCUGCGACAGCCGUUACCUUGGCAACGACGGGAAGCUGUCAGCGGAGAGCGGGCGGGGCACGGGGUACACGCUGGAGCUGAAGUGUGGGAAGCUGGCGUUUAAGGACUGUGAGGGGAAGUACCUGAGUCCAAUGGGGCCCACGGGGACACUGAGGUCUGGCAGGUGCAGCAAGCCGGGGAAGGACGAGCUGUUUGACCUGGAGGAGAGCCACCCACAGGUGGUGCUGAUGGCAGCCAAUGGGAAAUACGUGUCUAUACGGCAAAGUGUGAGUAUCUCGGCCAACCAGGAGGACGAGACGGACCUGGAGACGUUUCAGAUGGAGAUUGACAAGGAGAGCAGGAAGUGUCUGUUCCGGACCAACGAGGGGAAAUACUGGGCCCUGGUGGCCCACGGAGGCAUCCAGACUACGGCCACAGAGAGGUCUGCCAACACCAUGUUUGCAGUGGAGUGGAUGGGCCGCAGGGUGGCACUAAGAGCCAGUAACGGGAAAUACAUCUGCACUAAGAAGAACGGCCAGCUAGCAGCCGUCAGCGACUCCGUAGGUGAGGAUGAGAAGUUGAUUCUGAAGCUGAUAAACCGUCCCAUGCUGAUUCUGCGAGGGUUGAACGGCUUCAUCUGCCACCAUAAGAACUCCAACACGCUGGAUGCCAACAGAUCAGUCUAUGACAUCUUCACACUGCAUUUCAGUGAUGGGGCGUACCACAUCAAAGGUGAGGGAGGGAGGUUCUGGUAUGUGAACAGCAGUGGUCUGGUAUGUUCAGACGGAGAGACACCAGAUGACUUCUCCUUUGAGUUCCUGGAGCACGGACGCAUCGCCAUCCGAUGCAAGAACGGCAGAUACCUGCGAGGCCAGGGGGGCAUGCUGAAGGGCGACGGGGUUACCCCCGACAGCUCUGCCCUCUGGGAGUACUGACCUAUAUGGGGGCCACUCUCCUACCCUGCUGGAGGUUACCCCUAACCACAGAUCUAGGAUCAGAUUGGGGCAGAUUACCAGAUUACCCUAACCCCCAUGUCCUAAAAAUUAAUGAACAGAUUGGUAAAGAAUAUCUGACCCUAGACUAGUAGUUAGUGGCAACUUCUGCCCUCUCCCAUAGGUCCCUUUCUGCCCCUGUCACUCCCCUCAACCUACUCCUGGCAUGCCAGCCAAUGAAGAAGGCACAAAGAGAAAACAGACUCUUUUACAGGGGAGGUCGAGGGAAGACAUACGUUUAAAUGAAUGCACUAAUUGUAAGUCGCUCUGGAUAAGAGUGUCUGCUUAAUGACUAAAAGGUUCAUUUAAAAUAAGGCAGAGGUCUCAUGUUUUCAGCUCAGAAGAGCCUGGUCAGAAGAAAUGAAUCAUGUUUGCUGGAGUCAACACUGUUCAGUGAGUCAACGGCAGAUUCCAAACAACACUAUGCUUUAUAGGCUUAUGAGAUUUUUUAAAUGUUUUUUAAAAUUAGUAUGUUACUAGUAAAAGUCAGGGU